UGUAAUUCAUUAAAGGGUAAAUAAGUUUUUCACAGACUUUGGGUUCCGACCGACCACAAGCAACUUGCUCGGUCAACUUUAAGAUAAGAGUGUUUGCAUUCAAUUCAUCAACCGAUCUACUUAAACCCCUAAGGUAUCUGUUAUCGUUUCGUUCAUCAGCCAUGAGUCAUGAACAAUCAAUUCGAAUGGAAAUUUAGAUUUACUUGAGAUAAUUCAAUGUUUCAAUGCAUUUCAAUUCUUUUGUCUAACAAUUGUAAGACUGUUUUGGUCACACCUUGCGUUACAAAGUCCAGUUUACGUGGUAACAUUUCUGGUUUGGUCAGUUUAACCUUUCAGUAACUCAAAAUCAGGUCAACCUUUGUCUCUUUGUUGUCUAUUACAAUUCAGAUAUUUUACCUUGUUCCUUGCUUCGUUAUAUCCUAGCUCUCUUUGAAAAAAUGAAUACGAAUGAUGCUGACAUCGAUAAAACUACAAUAAAAGUGCAAGUGUCGGAUACUUAUCGAGAUCUUAUUUUGGACUGGUCAAUGGAAUUUUGGGAUUUAAAGAAAGAAAUAUUCAAACAGCUAGCAGAAUUCACUGGAAUACCAAUGGAAAAGACUUCUUCACUUGUAUUUGCCAAGCAACCCACUGGAAACAAUGUUUUUCCUGACAGCCCUUUUGUUCACUUUCCUGGUAACCGAGCAUUUUUACUUCUUAAAAACUGGUUCCCCAGACCUGAAGAGGUACCUCGAUUUCGCUGUUCGUAUACAAAGGCAGAUUACAGAGAUAAAUUCUUUAGAGAUGGCGAUUGUUUUGCUCUCAAUACAAGAAUGAAGAUGAAAGUUUCUCUGGAUGAACUCUAUGUUUCAUAUAGCUUAGUUCAUCGAGAUUUGAUUGAUGAAACUGAAUGCAGCAAGUUGUUUUGCCAUCAUAUGAGUAACAAAGCUUUUUUGGAUAAACAAGUUAAAAUAAUCAAUUCAGAUAUUGAAUCUCAUCUAAGAGAUCAGCCUCGUCCAAAUGUCGAAGGCAUUGAUUUCCUUGGAAACGAACUUUAUGCUGCUAUCUUAACUAGAGAAAAGGAGAUUCUGGCGGAUUUGAAUAUUGGACAAUAUUUUCAAUCAUAUUGCAAGUUUGGUCGCCAUUGGUUUCUUACAAGAUCACCUCGUACUUACUGGCCGAAUCGUGGUUAACGAAGAUGAAUGAAACUAUAAAUCUAUUAAUACAAUAUGUAAUCUAGUAAUGCAGUACAUUCAUCAGCCCUAAAACCUUUACAUUGAUCUAACCACAAACGAUUGUCUUAACAUUAAUGAUAAAAAUAAUCCUAAUAAUACUAACUGUUACAAAUUUGGUGCUUCUUGUUCUUGGAUUGCAAUAAAUCUAUAAUAUUGCUAUAAGUUU